AUGACGGAAAGGGUGGACUUUUCAUGUUUUCUGCCAAUGUUGGCGGAUCCAUCCAUGCCAGGGCCUUCUGCCGACCUGGAGAUCAUGGCCACCCUCCUGAAGAAGGAACUGGAGCAGAUGGAAGAUUACUUCCUGGAGGAGAGUCUCUCUCCAGGGGUUCCAAUGCCACCUGAUCAAGUAGCUCCAAGCACACCUCCUUCUCAUGAAGUCCACUUCCUCUUUCAAACGCCCGACCAGCAGCUGAGUGGGAGAGGAGUAGAGUUCCCUGCAUACAUUACGGAAAUACCAGCACCAGCCCCCGUGGCACUGAACACCCUAGAUUCUGGAUGUCGCCUACCCCGUACGACCGCCCUUCCAUCGCCAGCACCAGCUCCUCCGUCUUACACCAACCAAAAGGUGACCGCAAACAGAAGAAGAGAGACCAGAACAAGACAGCAGCGCUCCGCUACCGCCCGCCAGCGCAAACGUGCCGAAUUUGACGCACUGGAUGAAGAAUGCCAGUGCUUAGAAGUCCGAAACAGGGAGCUAAAAGAAAAGUCUGACUCCAUUGAAAGAGAGAUCCAGUACGUGAAGGACCUCCUCAUUGAGGUCUACAAGGCCAGAAGUCAAAGACUCCGCAACAACUAG